UCACUGCUGGGCAUUGACUAGCGGCACUGCUAGGCAUUGACUGGCGCAACUGCUGGGCAAUGACUGGCGCAACCGCUGGGCAACUGGCUGGCAGCAACCGCUGGCUGCACUGCUGGGCAGCAGCGCUGCUGGGCUGCACUGAUGGGCACUUGUGGGUGGCACUGCUGGGCACAGGAGGGUGCACUGCUGGGCACAGGAGGGUGCACUGCUGGGCACAGGUAGGUGGCACUGCUGGGCACAGGUGUGCGGAACUGGUGGGUGGCACUGAUGGGCACCGAUCAUCAGGUCCCUGCUCUGACAACUGCUGGUUCUUGGCACAUGAGGAAAGUGCAGCCGAGAACCGGCAAUUGCAUUUC